AUGCUUGCCCGCACACGCACUGCCGCCCCCACGCUCGUCCGCGCCGCCCGCGCCUCGCGCCAGCGUGCCUUCGCUACCGCCGCGCCCACCCCGGCGCCGGCUGCUCCCAAGCCCCCUGCCGCCAAGGCAAACAACAACGGCCUGAACAUGGUGGGCCUCGCCGCGGGCCUCACGGGUGUUGUCGCCGGCUCUGUGUUGGUGUACGAGUUGCGCGUCAGGGGCGUCCACGUCCCCGAGCGUGUCCAGGAGGUUGCCGAGAUCGUGGAGGAGAAGAUUGAGGAGGCCGCUGAGUCCGUCAAGGAGCAGUACGCACUGGCGACCGAGUCUGCCAAGGCGGUCCAGCAUGACGCCGCGGCCCUCACUAGCCAAGCCUCGGCCCACAUUAAGGAGUCUACCCAGGCCGCAAAGGACAAGGUGGUCGACGCGACCGCCAAGGCCAAGGAGGCGGUCGACCACACGGUCACCGACCUGAUCGCCAAUGCCGAGGAGGCGCUGGCAAAGUACAAGAAGUAA